AUGUUUUUAUUUAUUUUUACUUCCUUUAUUCUUAUUAAAUCAACAUUAUCAUCACCGUCAUCAUCAUCAUCAUUAAAUACAUUUAUUUUUUCUGCAGCAUCUAAUACUUACAUUUCAUUUGAUUCAUGGCAUCCAUGUCUUACAGGUUAUGUACGUUUUGAUAUACGAACAAAUUCAAAAGAUGGUACACUUGCAUAUAUUGAUGAUCGUGGAAAAUUUGAUUUUUUUUAUUUAAAAUUACUCGAAGGUAAACCUCGUCUUUUAUUUAAUUUGGGCAGUGAUCGACAAGCUAUAAAUGUUAAUAUGAAAAUAAAUGAUGAUAAAUGGCAUACAAUAUUAAUUAAACGUAAUGGACAAACAACAACACUUAGUAUUGAUAAUGGUUAUGCACAAAAUUCAACAGUAACUCAUUCAGAAGAUUUAUAUUUUGGUGGUGCAACUUAUAAUGAAUAUGAAUCAUCACCAUUCUAUUUCGGAGGUAUGUUAAGUUAG